UAAGGAAGUUGUGUGUGCCUUUCAGUCAUAUACUGCAUGAUUUCGUUCUACUAUUUACAAACGAUAUGUAGUUAGACCUUAGCAGCAAUUAAUAUUUGAAAGUUAGCAGUUUUGCGAAGAAACGCGUUCCAUUCAAUUAUCCACAACUCUCAACAGGACUGUUACGAGGUUUUACAAUGUAAUAUAACAGCUACAAAUUUUAGUUAGAUCUCGCAGACGAUACGUGCAAAUUCGAUCAAUUCUAAAUUUACAUUAUUUUCUUUUGUCUGUACCUUUACUUUGUCUGGUACGAAAAAAGAUAUAUAAAUAAUUUUGUUUAAUGUACCAAUGCCUUAUUUUAGCUAUGUUUGAAAAUGUAAGAUAAAUUGAAAGAUUGUAUCUUUACGUCAGCGAUUGUUUAGAUUGUCGGCUUUCUGCAUGUCAACCACAAAUUUUCCUUUCACACACAAGAGGAAGUGUGAUUGAUUUGCAGUGGGCACAUUGACCUUCAAACAACAACAACAAAAGACGUCCAGGUGAAUUUUUGGAUUGGAACCUAGCCAUAGCCUGGAGCCUGGAGCUUGGAGCCAGUCAUUUUAAAGUCUUCCAUGAACUCUGCUGUGGAACACCAGAAUGAGGAACACACACCGCUGCUGCAGAAACAAGCAGGCAAACACUCAGUGCCUCCCAAAUGCUGCUCUGUACGAUCCAAUCUGGCCUUCAUGAUGUUCCUCGGCUUUGCUGUGGUGUAUGGUCUCCGCGUCAACCUCAGUGUUGCCAUGGUCGCCAUGGUCAAUGCAACUAAUGGGCAGCCAACAUCCAAUGGCAGUGAAGAGAAAGAAUGCCCAGCACCCUCUGGUCCUUCUAACACCAGCCACCAAAAUCCAGAUCAGCCAGAUGGGGUGCCACAGUACUCAUGGGAUCCUGAGACACAGGGAAUGCUGCUUGGUGCAUUCUUCUUUGGGUAUCUUUUCACCCAGAUUCCUGGAGGCUACCUGUCAGGCCGCUUUGGGGGAAGCAUCUUCCUGGGAGGGGGGGUUCUGGGCACGGCAGUGCUCACCCUCCUCACCCCACUGGCAGCCCAGCUUGGGCCCUCGUGGUUGUUUGCGCUACGGGCCUUGGAGGGAUUUGGAGAGGGUGUGACAUUUCCUGCUCAGAUGGCCAUGUGGGCUUGCUGGGCUCCUCCACUAGAGAGAGCUCGUCUGACCACGUUCUCUGGAGCAGGGUCCAACUUUGGUGCCUUCGUUGCUCUUCCUCUCACUGGCUUCAUCUGCAACAGUCUGGGUUGGCCUGCAGUUUUCUAUUGCUUUGGAGGAGCUGGGUGUCUUUGGGCAGUGCUAUGGUUCAUCCUGGUGUCAGAUGAACCUCGCACACAUCGAAGAAUAAGUGACCAAGAAAAAGAUUACAUAAUCAACUCUAUAGGUUCAGAGGGUGGCUCUCAUGGUUGGUCAGUACCUCUGCUGCCCAUGCUGUUAUCGGUCCCCCUGUGGGCUAUCAUCAUUACACAGAUGUGUGCUAAUUGGUCAUACUACACUCUGCUUACCUCUCUGCCUACCUACAUGGAUACAGUGCUGCACUUUGACCUGCGCCAGAACUCCUUCCUGUCGGCGCUGCCCUACCUGGGUGCCUGGUUGUUCUCUAUAUUGUCUGGUGUACUAGCAGACAGCCUCCUGGAGAGGGAGAUACUGAGCAUAACAACUGUUCGCAAAAUCUUCACUCUUGUAGAAAUUCGUGUUUCCAUAGGUCUGCUGUUGCCCGCGGGGUUCCUGUUUGCUGUGGGAUUCACAGGGUGCAGUAGCACCCUGGCUGUGACCUUUCUCACUGUGUCCACUACUAUUGGUGGCAUCAGCGCUGCUGGGGUUUUCAUGAACCAGAUUGACAUUGCUCCUCGGUAUGCAGGCAUGCUGCUUGGGAUCACAAACACUUUCGGGACCAUCCCAGGAGUUCUUGCACCAAUUGCAGUGGGUCACCUUGCCAAAAAUCGCUCUCUUGUGGGUUGGAGGAAUGUGUUCUGUUUGUCAGCAGGAGUGAGUGCCAUUGGAGCCCUCGUUUUCACAUUAUUUGGCAGCGGAAGGAUCCAGAGGUGGGCAGUGAGAGAGCAUGGAACAGAUGCAGACAGAGAGCACUAGACAUGUUGUGGUUAUGGACUUUACUUAUAAGUGUACUGCUUGAUUAUGAACAUGUGGUGUUAAAUUUAAAUAAAUGAAGCAACAUUCAUUAAUGUUAUAAUAGGAAGAAAUAUUAAUUUUUAAAAUUUUUACGUUUAAUUUUAAAUGGGCAUUAUUAUUAUAAUGCUGCACACUUUUACAUUCAGUCAGCGCAACGGUAUGAGUUGUAAGAAUAAAUAAAUGCAUUUUUUCUCCUUAAUGUUAAUGUUUAAUGAGUUGUAAUAUGUAAUGUGUAAUGAAGUAUUAUGUCUUUGAUAUAAAAUAUUUGUAUAAUGGUAUAAAGGGAUUUGCACAAGGUUUUAAUUUUUGCUAAAUAUUUUGCAAAACAAAUUUUAAGUCAAUAAGCUUUAAGAAAUAAGCUGUACCUCACCUAUCCCUUUAGAAUAUAGCAGUUACUUAAGACUGUGAUUUUUCUAAGCAACUUUUUAUACCAAUAUUAUUUGAGGAAAUCUUUGUAGAAACAUUGUAAAUUUUAUUUUGCCUCUGUCUGAAAGAAAGUGAAAUUAUUUUGGUCAAUUUUAUUAUUAAAAAAUAAUUUCCACUUUG